GAACACGUUUACACCAGGAGAAAGAAGACGCUGCUUCGAGACUGGGCUCUGUUCCUUCUACUCAGCCCCAGCUGACCACCCUUCAUCGAGGAAGGUAAAAUCUGCCGAGCGGGGGCCAGCGUCCUGCACAAGGGCUGGGGCCCUGGCCUGGCCGCACUGAUACGCCCCAGGAGGGCCCUGCUCCUCUGCCCCCUGCUCACCUCCCCUCCCCCGCCAAGGAUGAAGCCUCCCCCUCUUCUGACCUUCCUUUGCCUCCUGGUGGCCCUGGCUGGCGGGAACCUGGUCCAGUUUGGGGUAAUGAUUGAGAGGGUGACGGGGAAGCCGGCACUGCAGUAUAAUGAUUACGGCUGCUACUGUGGCGUUGGUGGCUCCCACUGGCCCGUGGACCCAACAGACUGGUGCUGCCAUGCCCAUGACUGCUGCUACGGGCGUGUGGAGAAGCUGGGCUGUGAACCCAAACUGGAAAGGUAUCUCUUCUCUGCCAGCAGGCACAACAUCUUCUGCGCCGGCAGAACCACCUGCCAGCGUCAGACCUGCGAGUGUGACCGGAGGGCUGCCCUCUGCUUCCGCCACAACCUGGACACCUACAACCGCAGCUACGUCCGCUACCCCAACAAGCUGUGCAGCGGCCCCACGCCGCCCUGCUAGGGCCUGGCCCCACCUCCUGCCUGUGUCCCGCCUCCAGCUGCUGUAGCCCCGGGGCCCUGGGCAGCAAUGACACCACCAGCCCUCCCUCCGGAAAAUUCCUUACCUGCAAACCCAUCCCUCCCUGAGAGCUCCCAGACUGUGGUCUGGACUGUGGCUGGCCUCCUGGGCCACAUCUUCCCCCCCUGCUGGGAACAGCCACCGUGCCCAGGAGCCAAGGGACCCUUUAGCCCCCCGAAGAUUCUAUAACCCAGCCCUGAGAUCUCGGUUUCCGCUUGUGAAUAAGUGAAUAAUGUCCCGUAAUCCUAAUAUUCCCUGAUUCUCAGAUUCUAUCAUUAUAGAAUUUAAUUAGUUUACA